CAAACCCAUGUUACCAUGGAGACGGAACAAAAGCCUCCAGAGAGAAGAAUGGAGAGAAACGGGCAGGAUGAGACCUUGGGGAGCUGGUUCAAGAUCAUGAUUCCCUUUGGUAUAAAAUAUGAUGAGAAGUGGCUGCUGAGUUUGAUUCAAAAGAAAUGCAGCGUCCCCUUCACCCCAGUUGAAUUUCACUAUGAGAAAAUGCAGGCCCAGUUCUUUGUUGAGGAUGCCAACAUUGCCUUUGCAUUGAAGAAUGUCAGUGGCAAGAUUUACAAUGAGUAUAAUGAAAGGGUGUCUAUCUUUGUUGAGCCCUGUGAUGCACCCCAGUCUGUGCUGAAGGAACUGAAGUCAGGAAAGGUGGAGCAGAUAAAGCUGACUGUGAACAAACAAUGUGAUGCCUCCCAGCAAUCUCUUGACAAUUCCCAGACUCUGUUUCCCUCGUCCUCUCUUCCUGGAGACUUGAUGACCCAUGAUGUUGGAAUGGCACAGAACCCUAGAAAUGGUAUGGCUGCCUCCCUGCAGAUCCAUCCAGGGAAUAUGCCCAAGGUGAAGUCUGCAGGGGAGAUGGACAAGGACCAGCAGCCGGAGCCAGAAGGGAUGUGUGCGGACAGAGACCCCCUGUGCACCACCCUCCAUGAUAAGUCAACCAACAUAAGCUCCAUCCUGGAAUUGUUCCCCAAGUUACUAAGCUUGGAUGGCCAGGAGGCACCCCCACCGACUAAGUGUGGUAUUGAAGCCCGCAAGCUCCUACCAGCCUGCGAGGGAAGUUUCUUUGAAUCUGAUGAGCUGAAGAGUCUAGUCCUGCAAUUCCUGCAGCAGUAUUACUUGAUCCAUGACUAUGGAGACCGAAAGCAUCUCCUGGGUGCUUAUCACGAGGAGGCCUGCUUCUCCCUGACCAUUCCCUUCCACCCCGAGGACCCAGCCCCAAGCAGCUUGGGCGAGUACUUCAAGGAGAGCAGGAAUAUGAAGAAGCUCAAGGACCCCCAUCUGCGGGUCCAGCUGCUGAAGUAUACAAGAGGUGACAUUGUGCACACCCUCUGUGUGUUGCCGAAGACUGAGUAUGACUUUAGCUCCUUUGUGGUGGACUUGUGGUUCCAGAAGGAAACAAUGCUUUGCUUCUCUGUCAAUGGGGUGUUCAAGGAAGUGAAAGGAAGUUCUCAGGGCCUUGUGCGCGCCUUCACCCGGACCUUCAUCGCUACCCCUGGCAGCUUUUCCAGUCUAUGCAUCGUGAAUGACGAGCUAUUUAUGAGGGAAGCCAGCCCCAGUGAGACUCAGAGUGCAGUCUGCAUCCCAAUGCCUACACCUUCCGCCAGCUUCAUGCACAUCUUCUCCCCAGAGUAGCAGUAAAUGGCGCUGGCUUUCUCCACCAAAUAUGGGAUGAACCUCCAGUGGUCUCACAAGUGA